AUUCUAACCUACAUUUUACCUAUGUGUAACCUCACAAACAUCCCCCUUUCUAACUAUUUCCUUACAUGCAUUCUCUCAUUAUAAGCAAGACUUUGCUUAUGUGUCACCUCACCAAUAAUUCUUAUUUCUUAUAUGAAUUUUAGUAUAUUAUAUGAAUGAAUGCAUUCUCCUAUGAAAGGGUUAUAAUAUUUAGUGUGACAUAAAUAUUUUUAAACAUGUAACUGCCACAAUCCUUCAAAACUAUGCAAUUUCUCAACAAAAAAAAACAUAUAUGCAACUGCUAAAUGCAGCCACGAGUUAUUGGCCAAAUGAAUUGUAAAUGAAUUGUGAUUCACUGAUUUGUGACUCCCAUGAAUUUAUUGUGGCAAUCUAUGUGCAAAUCCCAUUUACCAAAAAUCAUUUGCUAAUUUUUUAAUUAAUAAUUACCAAAACUUGAAUGAUUAUGGUGUAGUAAUGGUCAGUUACACAUCUUACUUAUUACCUUUAUUAUAAGCGGCUGACAAUUAUAUGGGUAACUCCUUUUUACCAAAAUUAUGUACCUUUAUUUCUUAUUGUAACUCCUUAUAGGUUACGGUUUUAAUAUAUCAUGCCACACAAAAGCAAUGGUCACAGUAAACAAGGUUCACAAUUUUUUUAUUUGUAUCACCAAGAAUGCAAUAUAAAUAUAAAUAAAUAAAUAAACAAAUUAGAAUUUAAUAGAAGUAAUGAAUAAUUUCGGCCAAAAUAUGUUCAUCCUUGGUUACAAUUUCAAUUUGUGCCUCUUCGCAUUCCUUCACAUAAAGCCUAAAAAUUUGUUACACUUUAAACCAUUUCAAUGACAGUAUUUCCCACACACCUAUAUAACCAGCAUUGGUGUCAUUCCUUUUCCACUCAUUCUGUCACAUCUAUCUGUGUAAUUUCAUUUCUUCCCACAUACUCUCUUUGCUUCCCUACCAUGUCUGCCAUUGAUGUCAUUGGAACCAAGGUCGGAGAAGUCAACAACAAUGGUGUGCAUACCUUUCUCAACAAACUCUCCAAUGCUGCCCCUGAUACCAAGAUCAAAGUUAGGGUAGCACGCAUGUGGGACACGCUGAAUAUAACAAAAAAAAAGGAAAUAAUUAGUACAGAUAUGGUGCUAAUUGAUGAGAAGGCAAAUUGCAUUCAUGCUACAAUACCAAGGAGGUUCUCACCUUCAUUGAAGAAAGUCUUGCAAGAAGGCAAGAUAUAUGUAAUUUCACACUUUGAGGUCUCAAAAAACAAGGAGAAAUAUGCUGUGGUUGAAAACAAUCCCUCCAUGCUUAGUUUCUAUGGUGACGCAAUUGUGACUGAGGAGGGCUCGGAUGACAACACAAUCCCUCGCUAUAUCUUUGAAUUUGUUAAUUUCAAUGAUCUUAUCAAACGUUGCGGGAAAGAGGUGUUGGCAGAUGUAAUUGGAUUUAUAAUUGAUGUGGAUCCAAUUGAGGAGAAAACAACCGUCAAUGGGAAAGUCGACAUGUUGUCACUUCAUUUGGGGGAUGGCAGUGGGAAUGUCUUGAAGGUAACGCUAUGGGAUGACUAUGCUCCGAUGUUUAAUCAAAAACUGAUAGAUCAAAUGCAUGCUACUCCUAAGCCAAAUGUGGCAAUUUUUACCUCCACUUUGGUAAAACAAUACCAAGGUGAGCUUUAUGUUUCGUCUUCAAGAUCCACAACAAUUUAUAUCAACAUAGACACCCCUGAAGUUGCUGAUCUAAUUUUGUCGUCCAAGGGGAAAAACAGUGUUCUGAAAACAACUGAAACUUUGUCUUUAACUAAUGUUGAUGUGAAGACCAUAUCUGAGCUUUUAUCCAUGGCAGUUUCGGGAGUUUAUCAGGGUGAUGUUGUCUACAAUUGUGUUGCAACAGUUGAUGACAUCCUGCUAAAAAAUGGGUUGUAUUAUGUUUCUUGCCCUCAUUGUAGGAAAACUGUGAGUUCCACUGAGACAGACUUCAAUUGUGAGCAUUGUACUAAAAAGGUCGACUAUCCAAAGAUUAGGUACCGUUUGGAACUUCAAGUCAACGACUCUACGGAAUCAACAAUAUUUGUGUUGUUUGCCGAAGUUGCUGAACAAUUGGCACAACUAAAGCUAGAUGACCUCACCCCGGAUUUAGAAAAUCAGACUGGACGUGACUCUGAUCUGCCUAAACAGCUCCAGCAUAUCAUUGGUUCAAAGCAUAUUUUUCAAGUUAAGCUGAGCUCUUACUUUGAACGUCGUGGAGUACAAAGCUUCACUGCACAUAAGAUUCUGAAGCCAGUUGUUAAGAUUGAGAAAGAAGACAACAUUGCCACUGCGUGUUCUUCCUCAAGUGGAUCUCUUACCAUUGAAAUACCAGAUUUGCCGAAGAAGAGGAGAAAAUUAAUAUUGCACUCCAACAAAUCAGGUGAUAAGGACCAGAAUGAAGAUGUGGAAGAUUUAGAAGAUUGAGAAGUUGGCUGCUAAGGAUUUAAGAGGAUUUGCUUUUGAAGUUGUUUUUCAUGGUUUAGUUUAUGUUUCUCUAAUCAAUAGAGAUGUGGAUUUCAGUUUAUGUUUUUUUGAGGUUGUGUUUUUUUUUUUU